CAAUUGAGAAAUUCAGAGAACUCUGAAAAAACCUGAGGGCUUUCAUCUAUGCGCUUUUCAGUUAUAAGCAGCCGGAAAAUUCAGCAAUUCACAGCGGAUCUGGUUUCUUCAGUUGAAGCUUGGGACCCAUUUCUGCGGUUCAUACAGUUACGGGCUGAAGAAAGUAGUGUGCUCUUUCAAUUGUUUAUAGCAUGAACCUUGUUGCUGCACAUGGACAAAGCUUUUCAAACCAAGCCUUGCAUACUUGGUGAUCAGAAUACCAGUGACGUAGUUAUCUGCUUGAAGGAUAUAGAAGGACGACACCAACAGUUUUACUCCCAUUCAUCUGUUCUCAUAAAAAGGAGCAAGUACUUUGCUGAACGGUUGUCUAAUCCAAGCCCUAGUAAUUCCAUUAGUGUUCAUUGCUCUGAGGUCAACUUUGAUCACCAUGUCAACCUGUUGAGGUUGUUCUAUCUUCCAACAGAGUUAAUUUUGGACGCCUUGGACUCUGUUAAGUCUGUUGUUGGUAUUCUUCAGUCAGCAGUAAACUUCAAGUGUGACGAGAUUGUGUACUGCUGCAUCCAGUACUUGGAGGCUGUUCCUUGGGAGGACAAAGAAGAAGAGCACAUAUUAAGAGCUGUAUCAAAGUUGGGUCCUGUAGCUAUGCCCAUAAUAGCUAGGAUCCAACCUGUUGAUUUAGCUGCCACCAAAACUGUUUUCAUCUCAGCAAUUCGUGUUGCCACAUCCAUUGUUGGACCAUGUCCUCCAUUUGGCAAUGAGCUUAAAACUUCUGCUCAAGAGCAAGUUGAGUACAUGUUAGGAGAAGACGAGGAUACACUAUUGGUCAAAGCAGAUGAUGAAGUCAGAUCUGUGGCAAGAUUGGGUCUCUUGCAUAUUUGUUCAACAUUUGAAAACGAAUUGGCUUCUUUACUUUUGGAGCCAGACCUUGCAUCCGAGACAGCAGAUGAGAAAAUAAUGCAUAGUUUAUCUGAUCUUGAAUGGAUGUGUAGCAUACUUGGCAAGAUGGAUUUGAUGAAAGAUUUUGUUUCCAAUUGGGCCGAAAGCUCCAAUAUUGUUUUAGGAGUGAUCGAGGACAAGAAACUUGAUUCAUUUAUGUGGGGCUUGAAGAUUAAGCUCAUAGAAGUCACUGCUAAAGUCUUGGAAGCAGUUGGCUAUGGUAGUGUGAUUCUUCCGGCUCCAAUUCGCUUGACAUUACUGAAGUCAUGGCUCCCUUAUAUUAGGAAGAUGAAGCCGCUCUUGGAUGCAAAGAGCAGUGAGGAUACAAGUUUUCCAUACAAGAUGAAUGAGGACUUGUGCCAGACCAUUGAAGGGGCCAUUGUCACAUUAGUACUCGCGUUACCAUCAAAUGAUCAAGCCGACAUCCUGGCAGACUGGAUGAGAGCCGAGCAGGUCCGGUAUCCGGACUUGAGCGAGGCUUUCGAGGUCUGGUGUUUCAGAACAAAGUCUGCAAAGAGAAGAUUAGUUGAGGUAUUGGAUGGGGCUGGCAAUGCCACACUUACACUCUGAUAGUUUUUGCUCUCAUAUGUUAUAAAAUUGUUUAGAUCCAGUGGAAGGGCAUUAUCAAAUCGGUAAUGAUUCCAUUGCAUUUAUGUACCUUUGGCAUAAUUGAGCUCCUUCUAAGAGAUUGAGCCCCCUUUCUAUACACUUUCAACAUAUUAUUUUCCAGUACAACCUAAGUCCUCCAUUCAUAUUUGUUCAUAGUUUCAUACACAAUGUUGAAUUUCUGUACCAAUUGAAUAAUUUAAAAACAAAAAACAUUCUGUUCA